CUCUGGAAAAUCUUUUUAGUCCUGCCAGGAAGUUUAAUCAACCGCGGUGCAACACGAUCGAAUAUCGGACGGAGGUAUCUGUCCAUUGGCUAAAAUGAUUUCCAACCGGUUUCUAUUUAGAGCUAUUUUCGAUAGCAAAGUUGGAUCCAGGUCUUUAUUCACAAGCUCCAAGCCUGACACUGCCGACCCCAACUGGUUGCGAGUUGGCCUUGCCUUUGGAACAUGUGCUUUCCUUUGGGGACUGCUCUUCAGGCAGCACAGCACAGAUGUACAUGAGCACAAAUUGAGAAAUGGCCUGGAAUAACCCACCAAACUGGGGGUUGUCAGGUUCCUUCUAUGGGAUGCACCUGUUUCUCCGCUUGUUUCUGUUUCCACUGUUCCUGAUUCCUCACUCUGCAUUCUGUGUAAAAUAAAAAUAUAUAAUGUGAAACAGA